AUGAUGGGUUCUCUUCUCCUGAGAAUGCUGCUAAAAAUAGAAGCCAAACGCUACGAGAGACUCCUGAAAGCUCACGGCAUCAACCUGGCUGCCCCACGGAGAGCCGCUGCCGCUGCCGCUGCUGCCGGCGCGUCGACCGCUGGUGAGGAUAGCGGCGCUGACCCGCAGACUCCCGCUUCCAAGAAGCGCAAGCGUGUCGGCGUUGCCAAGAAGGAGGAGGACGAGGAGGAGACCCCCACCAAGAAGGAGCGCGGUGUGAAGAAGGAGCGUGGCGUCAAGAAAGAGGAGUCCGAUGACGAUGUCAAGGUCAAGGACGAGUACGGUUCGUUUACCACCAACACCAUCACCAUUAUCACUACUGGCAGCAACCACUCUGCUGCAACUGCUACAUACUUUCGUGUCGGGGGCGUCAGCAAGAGUGAUGAGCCCGAGACGUCGCCGAGGCAACAGGAUCCGGCUGGUCACCGGUCCGGGAGAGCAUCUGGGGGAGCAGCAGAGGGCGACAACAAUGAUGACUGUCUUGUUGUCGGCGAUGACUCCGUUGCUUCGCCAUCACUAGGCCCAAAACAGGCCCCAGUUGCUCACUCCCGCGGUCAUCUCAGCAUGAACUGGAGGGAAGAUACAUACCUUUGCCUGGGUGAAUUGGAUGGUGGUCCGUUUACUUUGCUACCGUGA